AUGGAACACAUUGCCAAAUCAACUCUUCUCUACAAGGCCAGAAGGAUCUGCAUGCUUAAUGCAGAUGUCCAUAAAUUCACUGCUGACCUAAAUGAGCAUUGGGCCAAGGCCAAAGCCAUGGGCUUCAAUCUGACAAGAGUCCUCAAGAUCAAGACUCUUAUCAAUCAGGCAAGAACUGAAGGCAAGACCACACAAGCUUUUGUUGCUAAUGGGAAAAUCACAAACCAGGACACCUACAGCAUGGGAAAACCAGGUCCCAAUGGCCAUCAAAGAUGUUAUUACUGUCAGGGAGAAAACCACAUUAGUCAUUUCUGCCCUAAGAAUCCAAAUGCAUAUCACACUCCCUUGGAACAACAACCCAACUCAUGGGUUAUAGACUCAGGGGUGACUGACCAUAUUACAAAUGACAAUACAACUCUCAUUUCACCAUCUCCAUGCACCAGAUUUGUGAAAACUGCUGGUGGAAUGAGAAUUAAAAUCAAGGCUAGAGGCCAAGUCAUUGUCAAUGUUGAUGGACACAAGGUAUAUCUCAACAAUGUACUUUAUGUUCCAGAAGCAAGUGUAAAUCUAAUGUCAGUGCAAGCUCUAACAAACAACAGUGUACAUGUGAUAUUUAUUCCAGAGAAUGCACACCUUAAGUGGCCCAACAGCCAUGAAGUAAAAGGAUAUACUAAUAUCCAUAUGAGGCAUUGGGAAAUCCACCCAACAAAGGCAGAAGCCCUCAUAUCAACAAUAGAUGAUGAAAUGAAUGAUCUACCAGAACAACUCAAUACCAAUGACCCACCAAAACCACAAAGUUUCACUAGGGAUUUCAUUCAUGAACGAUGUGGUCACCCCAGCUGUGACAAAAGCAGAAUGAUAGAAAACACAUACAACAUCAAGAUCAGACCAUACAAAUGUCAAGACUGCAUGGUGAGCAAGUCAAUGAAAGCACAAAUGGGACAAGGUAGUGGUGAAUGUGCCAAGUAUCCAUUAGAGCUUCUACACAUUGACUUGGCAACACACUUCUCAACAAAAACAGAAUUCACCUCCAUAUUGGUGGCAGUAGAUGAUGCAUCCAGUUUCACUUACAUCAAGCCUCUAUGUUCAAAGGCUGAUGCAUUACAAGUAUUGAAAGAAUGGGUCAACUAUGCCGAAACUCAAACUGGACACAAACUCAAGGCUCUCUGGUCAGACAAUGGAAUGGAAUGGAUCAAUGCAAACACAAUCGCAUGGCAGAAUGAUGCAGGCUUUUGA